AUGGCAACCAUUUACAUUGAUGAAGACAUUGGCAAGGACGAGCCCACUCAGCAAGGCACUGAGUCGUCUCCCUUCAAGACGCUGCAAUUCGCCUAUCUCCAACACCCCACUCAAGCACAAUACCUGACACGAAAAUCCGCAAGCGCAGACGAUGAGGCUGCCAAAGAAUGGAAACCCGCCGCCAAGUCCGCCAUGAAGAAGGUCGUCAACUAUUUUGAACAACAAAAGAAGAAGGCUGCCCGCGAGCAGGAACUCGCCAUCCACCGCAAGAAGGAGGAAGAGGAGCGCAACAAAGUUCUGGAGGAAGCCAAGAAGAUUGUUCUCGAGGAGGAUCCCAGCCUUCCCAAACCUGUCACAAUUAAGCUCGACGACGCUGGCGAUCACAUCAAGCUGCGCAAGACUGACGAUGCCGAGAGCAAAGGAACUCGUGUGAGAGUCCUCGGCCGAGUUCAUCGCGAGAGAAAACAAAAGGAUGUCCUCUUUGUCACUCUGCGUGACGGUUACGGCUAUAUGCAAGUGGUUAUCUCUGGCAAGUUGGCCAAGACCUACGAGGCUCUCACUCUGACCCGUGAGACCUCCAUGGAAAUCUUUGGUGAGAUGCGCGAGGUGCCUGCUGGUGCACGCGCUCCUCUCAACCGAGAGCUGCAUGCCGACUUCUACAAGAUCCCCAAGCACUGGAGAGCUGCUGGUGGAGAGGAUGCCAUCACCAACAGAGUCCAAGCUUCUGCGGAGCAUGCCACCUUGCUGGAUCUCCGCCACCUUACCCUUCGUGGUGAGACCGCAUCAUCGGUCCUCCUCGUUCGCGAUGCUCUCGAGUAUGCUUUCAACCAGGCAUACCACGAAGCCAGAAUCCGCAAAGUUAGUCCCCCGGCGCUUGUGCAAACUCAGGUCGAAGGUGGCUCUACUCUGUUCAAAUUCGACUACUAUGGAGCCGACGCUUUCCUCACCCAGUCUUCUCAGCUUUAUCUGGAGACCUGUCUGCCGUCCAUGGGCAGCGUCUACUGUAUCGAGAAGUCUUUCCGAGCUGAAAAGUCUCUGACUCGACGACACUUGUCUGAAUUCACUCACAUUGAGGCCGAGCUCGACUUCAUCGACUUUGAUGACCUCUUGUCCCACCUUGAGUUUCUUAUCUGCCGCGUCUUGGAACUUGUGCUCGCCGAUCCCAUGAUUGCUGGAUACAUCAAGACGCUCAACCCUGAGUUCAAGAUCCCCGAGCGACCCUUCAUGCGCAUGAAGUACUCUGAUGCCAUUCAAUGGCUCAUUGAUCAUGAAAUCCCCAACGAAGAAGGCAACCCCCACAACUUUGGCGACGACAUUGCUGAAGCCGCUGAGCGAAGAAUGACCGACAUCAUCAACCGGCCGAUUUUCCUAACGCACUUCCCUGCCCAUAUCAAGGCCUUCUACAUGAAGCGGGAUCCAGAGGAUAACAGAGUCACUGAAAGCGUUGACUGUCUCAUGCCGGGUGUCGGUGAGAUUGUUGGAGGCUCUAUGAGAAUAGACGACUAUGACGAGUUGCUUGCGGCCUGCAAGCGUGAGGGUCUGGAUCCGGAGCCAUACUACUGGUACCUUGACCAGCGCAAGUAUGGAAGCUCUCCUCAUGGUGGUUAUGGAAUUGGUCUCGAGCGUCUGCUCGCCUGGCUGUGCAAGCAGCACACGGUCAGAGACUGCUGCUUGUAUCCUCGUUACAUGGGUCGCUGCAAGCCCUAA